AUCAUCGUCAUGGCGCGCCUACUCCGCGCACUCUGGGGCCUGCCCUUCCUAGAGGCGUCUCCGCGGGCCUUGCGGUGCCGGUGCCUCGGCGCGAGGGCCGGACAUGGGGACGCAGGGUCUGUGACAAAGCAUGAGCUGUCUCUUGCCAAGAGUGAAUGGCGAAAGAAGCUGACUCCAGAGCAAUUCCAUGUCACCAGAGAAAAAGGAACUGAACCGCCUUUCAGUGGGAUCUACCUGAAUAACAAGGAAUCGGGAAUGUAUCACUGUGUGUGCUGCGACAGCCCACUCUUCAGUUCUGAGAAGAAGUACGGCUCUGGCACUGGAUGGCCUUCGUUUUCUGAGGCGCAUGGCACUUCUGGCUCUGAUGAAAGUAACACAGGGAUCCUGAGACGCGUGGACACCUCCUUAGGAUCAGUUCGCACAGAGGUUGUCUGCAAGCAGUGUGAAGCUCACCUCGGCCAUGUGUUUCCUGAUGGACCUGGGCCUAAUGGUCAGAGAUUUUGCAUCAACAGCGUGGCACUGAAGUUCAAACCAGGGAAACAUUGACUUUCUCCAAGGUUCCCUUCUUGCCACUCCUUCGUUUACACCCUCAAUUUUCAUAAUUCAUGUAAAUGACUUGUGUUAUUUACUAUGAAACUAAGCUAAGUUUGCCACUAGCACCCAGUAAGUCACAACUUCUCUAACUUACUUAUCUGGAAUGAACCCAACCCUGACUCCAGCUCUGACUGUGGAAUUUCACAGAAUGACAGAGGGACAUCCAUUUCUGUCAAAUUGAGUCCUGUAGACGGUGCCUGGGACCCAAGGGCAUCACUCUUUGGGGGACAUUAGGAGGCUGAUGGACUAUAAGCCAAAAAAUUCCUGCAAAAUUACCCUGAACUUUCCACUGAGGUUAAGUCCUUAUAGAGGAGGGAUCGAGUGAAAAGAGCAAGGCAACACAGGAUUAGAGUAAUCAACAACCCAGCAUUGAAAGAAGCACUGAGAAGCAGGCAGAAAUGGGGAUGGAUGCGUUGCAGUCAGAACUGCAGCAGGUCUCUAGAUCUCACACCCAGUCCUCUUCCCAUUAUUCUAGUUCCUAUAAUUCACAGUCAGAAUCCAGGACUCCUAUUUUUCAAAUUAUCUGCAUAUAAUAAAAUGCACUUCUUUUAAG